UUCAGUCUGAAGUUAGACUUGAAUGCUUCUGGUAAACUGAUCCAGACUGACCAGUGAAGACUUGAUAAGGAGAAUGAAGAGAAUGACAGUUAGGAAUACAUAAACUUUUGCCUCAGGAAAAUUUUGUUUUACAUGAAAAGGAGCCACCGCCAACCAACUCAGUCUUAGUUACCAGCCAUUGUCCUCUCUCGGUCUCCAACAACAUGAAGGCAGAGGACAAACUUCAGAUCCUGAAAUUCCUGUUAAUUCUGGUCAACUCCUUGUUUGUGAUCAUCAGUAUCAGCCUUUUUGGAUGUUCUACGUGGAUCUUAUUUGACAAAAGCAGCUUUAUAACUGUUUUAAACGAUGAAGAAGAGAUCAAGGUGGUUGCUGGAGGGCUCUUUGUUAUCGGCCUGGUGGUGCUGGGCGUCUCCAUGUUGGGCUGCUUUGGUGUUUACUUAGAAAACAGAUGUUUAAUGGCUUUGUACAUGGGCUUCUUAAUUGCCAUUAUUUUGGGUCAACUUUUCAUCACCGUCCUUCUGUUGUUAAAAAUGAAUCGGAUUGAAGUGGUUUUGAAUGAGACUAUAGAUGGCUGGAUCACUGAGUAUGGCGGAAACAGUACACAAACAAUAUGGAGGCUUCUGGACAGUGUGCAGCAGUCUGUGAAAUGCUGUGGCAGACAGAACUACAGCGACUGGCAGACAAACAUACUUAUUCAGACUUAUUCAGACCUGAGCACAGAACAGAUUUACCCCUGCUCCUGCUUCAACGGUAGCUGCCCCGUUUUCCCGACCAAUGAGAUGUACCUGUUUGGAAACAGUUCAGAAUCUACCGACAUCUACGUAACGGGCUGUGGACAGAAAAUAGAACACUGGUUCCGGAUUAAUAUCCUUGUGAUAGUGGGCAUGGAACUUGGGCUCUUGGUCAUUCAGAUUCUGCAGUUUGCCUUGGGAUUUCACAUCUACCGGAACAUUGAAAUAAAGAUUAAAGAUCAACACUCCAAGAAGCUCCUCAAUGCAGCGGAGGAGAACGCUGCACCAGAACCUGACCUUCAUCAGAGUGAUCAGGAGUACCGACAGCCUGAUAGUCACACUUAUGACCAGCAGCAUCAGAAUGCUUACAAUCAGGAAUACGCUGGACAGAGUUAUCCAUAUGAUCAAGAUACCCAGCACUAUCAUGACCGCCAGGCCAGUGGUCACCCCUAUGACCAGCAACAUAAUGUGUAUGCUCGAGUUGAUUCUGGACAAGCUUAUGAUCAGCAUCAGUACCAACAUUACCAACACCACUUUGACCCAGAACCCACCAGUCACAUCUAUGACCACAGACAGGACAAUGCUUACGACCAAGAAUACGCUGGUGAGAGUUCUGACCGGUAUGGAGAUCAGUAUUACCAAAGCAGCAAUGAUCAGCACUCCCCACAUGCCUAUAGCGGCAAUUAUAACCAAGGUUACGUUCAGGAUUAUGACUCCAGGGAUAACUAUGACUGUUACUAGUCAUAAACCCCAAGGCUUAUUUUAUAGGUUCUGAUCAAGUUGUUCAUUUGAGAAAUGCCAAAUUGAUUACUUUAUUGUUUUAUGACAUUUUGCGCUCAGUCACCAUAAACCAUCAGCUCAUGACGUUUUAUUUAACUUGGAGAUGUCCAGGAUCGAGACUUUCAUUUCAGUUAAGUCUGGUCUCUCCUACGUAUCUUCUAAAGGAGAUCCUUCAGAAGCACACAUGUAGAACCGCCUGAAACAGGUUCAUUCAUUAAGGUAAUGAAUACAAAAAUAACAGGAGAAAUCUUCUUUAACUCGUUACUUUAUUUACUCUAUAUAAUAACAAGUCAUUAGUUUGCAAAUACUGUAAUAGCUUGACAUAGAAAGUACAUGAAUCUGGUAAUUAAUGGGGUGAAAAAACAUUUCAGGUAGCACUUUGGGUCCAGCUCGGUCCAGCAAGGGGAACUGCGCUGAUUUUUUUACAUUUCUGCAUUAUUAAAUAGUUAAGAUGUAAACAAAGUCAUUCAGAGUGGACUGAUGUGAAAUACUCUGUUGUAGACUAACUUACAGAGUCAGAAUUGUUCACACUGGUGGUGAACUAGACACCGUUCUUUACAAGCACCCUCACAGCAAGUUAUUACAUUAAAAUAGUUAUUAAUAUUUUGCCUGAUAUCUGAGACAUUGUUUUACAGAGGUUUUGUGAAGGUUUUUCAGCAUUACAUACAUAUUUACUACAAUGAACCAUUUAAACCACUCUGAAAGACUUUAUUUACAUCUCAGUGACUGAUUCAUGUAGAAAUUUUGGUGGAAUUGCCCUUUUAAAGGAAAGCAGGUAGCUUGCUAAGUAAUGAAUAAAGCUUUAAAGAAUAACCUUCUAUGGAUGCACAGCUAUGGAUAUUAUAAUGUAUUUUACAGUAAAACACAUGAUCGGUAAGAUAAAUACUGUAGAAAGUCAAGUUUCACAGAAAAUAAAUACUGUCCAUCAUGAAAGUUAAAGUUGAGAAGUAUAUACAGUGGAUAAUGGUUGAUACAAAAAAGUAAAAUGUGCCACACAACUGUCAAGUUUACACCUUCUCCACUUCCACUGGGAGUGAAUAAAUAAACGGAAUUUCAGCCACCGAAUAUUUGGGUCCAAACAUGGUCAUUUUCUCCUGCGCUGGUCAGGACAGAUGCGUUCAAACAGUCUGAGCUGCAGCAGAUCAACAGUGAAAUACAAACAUGGUCCACUGCAGCUGUGUUCAGUACAGUCUUUAACUUACAUGCUAUUUGUUUAUUCUUUAAAUCACACAAAUAAUACUGAGUAAAGGCAGGUUUACACUGUAUGAUUCUCCAUAUUGCUGUUGCAGACAAAAAUCACAAACCGUGAAAGGAUUCCAUGAUCGUGAGCUAAAAUCUAUGGUCACUGAUUGUUUAAGGGUGGACGACCAAACAGUGCCUGCGAUACAGUUCUGGCAGUGUCAGAAAUGUGGUCUAAAAUCUCAGUGUGACUGCUGCUACAACACACAUCAAAAAAAAAAACAAAACAUGGAGC